AUGAAGUUUAUAAGCAGCGCGCCGCGAGCGCACCAUAAGCACUUCUCCAGAGCGCACACGCAGAGCUGGAUGCAUCCGAUCAAUAUCAGACAGAUCUGCCUGUUUUCAAUGUGUCCCGUCAUGGAGCAGAGCGUCAAAGCGGCCGCAGCCCUGCAGGUGAUCCAGAAGCGCAGCUCGCCCGGCGUCCUGCUCACGUGCAAAAGCGCGACGCAAAGACUCGGCGCGAGCGGGUUCAGCGUCAGCACCCUCUCCAAAGCAGGGCUGGGGAUCCUCAAACUGGCCACGACGCAGCUGAAGCAGCAGGAGCAGAAGGCGCGGGUGGUGCGCGCGUCCAGUCUGGGUCAAGCGCACCCCGCGUCCGUCGAUAAAAAGUCUCCUCUGGACCAGCUGGCCGCGCUUGUCCUUCACAGGAACGCACGCCUCCCGCCGCUGGCGAACGAGCCGCAUGUCGCCAGGCCGCAGAACUGCAGGCGCAUCGUGGUGCUCGGCGCACCGCGCGUCGGGAAGACCUCCAUCCUGCGCCGCUUCCUGCGCGACGGCUUCGAGGAGCGAUACGAGCCCACCAGUGAGGAUUUCCACCGGAAACUCUACCAAAUCCGCGGGGAGACCUACCAGAUAGACAUACUGGACGCGUCCGGGGAGAGGAGCUUCCCCGCAAAGAGGAGGCUGUCCAUCCUGACCGGUGAUAUAUUCCUGCUCGUCUUCAGUCUCGACGACCGCAGCUCGUUCGAGGAGGUGCGCGCUCUGCACGCAGAGAUUGUCGCGGCCAAAGCUGCGCUGCACCGAUCCAAACAGAAGGCGUGUGUGCCGACGGUGGUCUGCGCGAACAAGGUGGACUUGCCCUCGGAGCAGCGCGCGGUGUCGCGGACCGAGGUGCUCCACGCGCUCGGGAACGGCUGCGCUCUGUUCGAGACCUCCGCCAAAGACAGCGUCAAUCUGGAGCAGGUGUUCGAGGCGCUCGCGCGGCGCGGCGGUCUCCCCCUCGAGACCGGACCCUCGCAGCACCGUAAAGUGUCCAUCCGCUCGUACCAGGCGCUGCGGGCGGAGGGCGGGAGCACAGCGGCGGCGUGCGAGGCUCCGUGCGGGGCGCUGUUCCCUCUGGCCCGCAGACCGAGCUUCGGCACCGACCUGCGGCUGGUCCUCGGGCCCAAAGCCAGCAGAAAACAGAGCAAAGCGCUGGACAAGUGUCAGAUUCAGUGAAACAAGUCCGAC